AUGAGGCACACGGUGAACAUUUUAUUGUUGCUGAUUGCAAUCACAUUGCGUGACGUAAACGGGGCCCCUGCAAAGGAUGUCGAUCCAAAUUUAAAAAGUUUCCUCAUCGAAGCCGAUGACACAGAGCAAAUGUUUGCUUAUCAAACAAAAGAUGGACAAACGCGGGAAGAAACGGUUUCUUGGGAUGGCGGUAAACUCGUCAUCUCAGGAUGGUAUCGAUACCUUGGACCGGACGGGGUUUCCUACACGGUGCAGUACGUCGCGGACGAGAAAGGAUUUCAACCGCUCGGCGCUCAUCUACCCGGAGCCGAUCCCGAUCCGGACCAGUACGUCAUAUCUCAACCGUUUGCGGGAGGAAUUUCCAAAACGGUGCUGCUUUCGUUAACUGGAUAA